AUGGACGAGCCUCAGAAGGAAAUGACAGAGAAGAAGGUUGCGCCGCCCACUAACCAACGCCAGAACGACGGCACUGUCCUCCCCGAUAUACCUGUCGAUGCCCUCAAAGAACCAUUCCCGGACUACGUCGCCCGCAAACGGUGUGCCCUCGAGAACGGCCACCCAUGGCCCCUGCCGGAUCCGACCCGAUUACUUUCCCCAGCCACUGCGCCCGAGUCGAGCAAGCCUUCUUCCGCGGCUUGGAGUAUCGUUGGCCUCUGCAUCGUCUGCGUCAUCGUCGCCAACGCGGUUUUCUGUCUGGUCCACACGAGUGGUCGCGGAUCCUGGUGCUUGCCGACCUAG